UCCGGUUUCGGCAUUUUGUCAGUUGAAAGUUGAACAGUUGAGAAAGACUUUUACAUUGAUAGCUCCAAUAUAACCGUCCAAAAUGGGCGUCCCUAAAUUUUAUCGGUGGAUAAGUGAACGAUAUCCAUGUUUAAGUGAAACAGUGAAAGAACUACAGAUACCAGAAUUUGACAAUUUAUACCUUGAUAUGAAUGGAAUCAUCCACACAUGUUCUCAUCCUGAUGAUAAUAAUCCACAUUUCCGUAUCACACUAGAGAAGAUAUUGGCUGACAUCUGCCAUUAUAUUGAGUUUUUGUUUCGUAUAAUAAAACCAAAGAAAGUAUUCUUCAUGGCUAUUGAUGGAGUAGCUCCAAGGGCAAAGAUGAACCAACAACGAGGAAGAAGAUUCAGAUCUGCAAGGGAAGCAGAAGAAUGUGAAAAGAGGGCUAGAGAAUCGGGGGAAGUUUUACCCACAGAGAAAAGAUUUGAUUCUAACUGUAUUACACCAGGAACUGAAUUUAUGGUGACACUCCAUGAACAUUUGAAAUAUUUUGCGGCACAAAAAGUAUCAACAGAUCCAUUAUGGCAUGGAGUCAGAGUUUAUCUAUCAGGUCAUGAGACCCCUGGAGAAGGAGAACAUAAGAUCAUGGAUUUUAUCCGACAUGAUAGAACUCAGCCAGGUUAUGAUCACAACACAAGACAUUGUCUAUAUGGAUUGGAUGCUGAUUUGAUGAUGUUAGGUCUGUCCACUCAUGAACCGCACUUUUCAUUGUUACGAGAAGAAGUUAGAUUUGGUGGCAAGAAAGAUAAUAAAAGACCAGCAACACCAGAAGAAACAACAUUUCAUUUAUUGCAUCUAUCCUUAUUUAGAGAAUAUUUAGACUUUGAAUUUAAGGACUUAAAGGGGAAGUUACCAUUUGGUUAUGACGUAGAGGCUAUUAUAGAUGAUUGGGUACUGAUGGGAUUUCUAGUCGGCAACGAUUUUAUCCCAAAUCUUCCACAUCUACAUAUCAGACAUGAUGCUCUCCCCUUACUGUGGAAAACUUACAUGAACAUCCUACCAGAAUGUGGAGGGUAUUUAAAUGAAGGUGGACAUUUGAAUGUACCAAGAUUUGCAAAGUACAUGGAAGAAUUGAAAAAGUUUGAUAUUGAAAAGUUUACAGAUAUGUAUACAGACUUAAAAUGGUUGGAAGGCAAAAGACAACAAAAUCAUACAGAGAGUACACCAGUCAGACUCAAGCCAUCAGUUCCUGUACAUAAUCAGUUUUCAGCAAUAGGUAAAGAAGAAGUUGGAGAUGAGGCUUUAUUUGGUGCUGGACCAGGUGCACACUCAGAAGAACAGACGAAUACAGCAGAAGAAGAUGAAGAAAAUGUAGACACAUUUGAUGAAGAAUUUUUAUUGCAUAAAAGAAAUUAUUAUCAAACAAAAAUGGAAUUUGAAACUGUUACUCCAGAGGUUUUAAAAGACCAAGCUGAAGGCUAUGUCAGAGCUAUACAAUGGAUUUUAAUGUAUUAUUAUGAAGGUGUACCAUCAUGGAGUUGGUUUUAUCCUCAUCAUUAUGCACCUUACAUAAGUGAUAUCACUAACUUUAGUGACCUUGUGAUUGAUUUUGACCUUGGGAGACCAUUUUUUCCAUUCCAACAGUUAAUGGCUGUACUUCCUGCUGCCAGUAAAGAUCUGCUUCCUGCAGCAUAUCAGCCUCUGAUGUUAAAUGAAGAUUCACCCAUUAUUGACUUCUAUCCUGUCAAUUUUCAAACAGAUUUAAAUGACAAACAACAAGAAUGGGAGGCAGUUGUGUUAAUCCCUUUCAUAGAAGAGGUUAGAUUGAUUAGAGCUAUGAAAGAUGUUGAAAACAGAUUAACAGAUCGGGAAAAGGCCAGAAAUAAACAUGGACCCUGUAUUUUAUAUGAAUAUACAAUUGAAGACCAAGGCCCAUACCAGUCCUCAAUGCCUGGGGUGUUCCCUGACUUAGGAGUCAACUUUGCUCAUAUAACAGAAGUUUAUAUGGAAGAUUUCUAUGUGGAGAAGGGAAUGCUGAUUAAAGGACUUUUACCUGAAUGCAAAUUAGAUGUAUAUUACCCAGGAUUCCCUACUAUGAAACAUAUUCCUCAUACUGCUUUUUUGAAGAAAUGUAACGUGAAAGUGUUCCAGAUGUGUAGUAAGGGAGAGAACAUGAUGUUACAGAUUCUUGGCUCUGACGAGGACCGUGUAAGCCCCAGGGUAUUAGAAGAUGUGGCAAAAGAUUACAUAGAUGAACUUGUACAUGUUGGCUGGCCUCAUUUAUAUCAAGCUAAAGUUAUUUCUGUCUCAGACGAUGAAAACAGAUUUGUAUCGACUGAUGAUGGAACAAAGAAAGUAAAGGGCACACCUAAGAUGAUGAAACAUACACUGAAUGAGGAAGAAAGAGGUUUAUGGCAUAGAGAAGUUGACAGUAUAACAAUGAGAUACCAUGACAGACAAGGUGUAGAUGUCGGUCCAACCUUCUUUCUAGUCAAAGCUUUACCUGUUAAUGGCAAAAAGUAUGUUUGUGGAGCACAUGGUACCAUAAUUUUAGAGAAACAGUUUGCUUUUUUACCAAUUCCCUUUGUUUUACAAGCUACAUGCAAGGAUAUAGCUGUACACGAUCCGACAUACCAAGCCUAUAGUACUUUAUCAGAGUUGUUCCCGACUAAACAAUCAGUGUUUAUGAUGGGAUCACCACACUAUGGUUGUCAAGGAGAGGUAUUAGAAGUAGAUGAAGGUGAAAGUCCUCGUGUAAGAAUACAUGUCUCUAUACCAGAUGAACCUGAUUACAACAGGAUAGAGGCCCAUCCAGAGAACUUUCAACAGCGUUAUUUCCCAGGAUACAAUUUAGCACAGAGACUAGGAAUUAAUUCCCACUUCCUGUCUAGAAUAACUGGUUCCAUAUUCAUAAAGAAAGGAUCACGAGAGGAAUCUAAGGAUACGAGAGGGGACAGUGUAAAUAUAGGACUGAACUUAAAGUUUACCAAGAGGAAUGAAGAGGUCCCUGGAUACACGAGACUGGCCCCUAAUGGCUGGACUUAUUCAGAGAAAGCCAUGGAAACAAUAGGAGAAUAUCUUAGAAAAUUUCCUGACCUUUGGGACACCAUUAUAGGUCAACAGGAUAAUAAAACAGAUAACUUUUAUGAAGCAGAUAUUUUUAGUAAAAAUGGUGUUACACUAAAGGAUGUCACCACAUACCUUAAGACUUUACCAUGUAGCAGUAUAAAAACUAUGAAAACAGGAGCAGACAUUCUAGAUGAGGGAAUCAUUCAAGCUAUAGAAAAGGAAGUGAAUAGAGUCAUGGAGGAGAAUAGAAAGAAACAAAAGAGAGUGAAAAUGCAAGUGAAACCACAUCUUCUGUUUAGACCGAUCCCAAAUGAGAGUAGUAUAGUACCAGAUCAGACAGUAACAUUUAUGUUAUUUGACCGAGUGGUCAGUGUCAGACAGGGAUAUACAGUACCCUUUGGUUUACGAGGAACUAUCGUCGGUAUCCACAAGGCAGAGAAGGAAGCAGACACGAUGUUUGAAGUUGUAUUUGAUGAAGCUUUUAUAGGAGGAAUUAUUAUAAGAUGUACUGGUAAUAAAGGAUAUAGAGUUCCUAAAACUGCUGUAGUAAAUAUAUCACAUGGUGAUAGAAAAUACCAUGGUAACACUAACAGACAGAAAGCAGCAGAAAACUUCAAUAAAAACGCAUGGAGAAAUGACAAUAGUAAUAAUUACAAAAGUGGUAACUACGGUGAUUAUAAUUCUGGGAAUUCUAGGAACAAUAGCAGGGGAGGCUACUCUGGAGGAAAUCAAGACUAUAACAAUAGAAAUCAGGGUAGACAACUCAAUAAUGGUCAUGUGAAUGAUAAUUCAUACCCUAGACAUGGCUGGCAGAAUCAACACCCAGCUAAAUCUACAACAGACAGUGCCAAUGUGACAUUUAAUGAAUCUAAUAGACCUAAAAUGGAUAUUAGACAAGAAAGCUUUGAUGAAAGUCAGAAAGAUGCUCCUUUACAGUUUGUAACACCUAAAAUUCCUUCACCAGGAAGACCACAGAAGACCACACAAGGUCAACAACAAGAUUCUUCAAGGACAAUGGCAGCUAAGAUGUUUCAAGACAGCAAUAACUCAGAGUUUGCUGAUAUGUGGAAAGAAUUACAGAAAGAUUCACCAUCAGAAAAUACUUCACUGAACCAGGCAGCUAUGGCUUUGAAUAAACUCCCAGAUGACCCAGCAUUAUCUCCUAAAAUAGCACCCACUUCCUUCAAUGUUCAGAGUUUAUUUGAUGAAGCUAGCAAGUCCAACGCUGCAGAACUAACAUCUAAAUUAAAAGACUUAAGUAUGUUCCAGGAUAGUAAAAUGGAGGAUGGAGUUCUUGUUUGUUCUUUAAAGAAAUCAGAUCAAGACAAAGAGGAUGGAAGUGCUGCUUUAAAACAAAUGUUAAAUAUUGCCUCAGAGGAGAGUGAAAAGUUACCUCCUACUAAAGAGGUUCCCUCCUAUGGGAGACAGGUCUCUAUACAAGAACUGUUUGACGGUGUAAAACAGAAGAGUUCAAGUGAAACAGUACAAUCACCUAGUUCUAACCAGUUUCACCAGGCUCAGGACCAGCAAUAUCCACCUAAAACCAGUCAUAACCAAAAUCAACCGAAUCAAUACAACAAUGGAGGGCGGCAGUCUGGUAAUCAAGGUCGACCAAAAUCUGGUGGAAUGCAUCAAAGUAAUCCCAAUAUGAAUGUAUCUAGGAACCCUGUAAUGCAGCUUUUAGGUUUCUGUAAAUCAAUUGGCGUAUCAGAUCCCAAGUAUGAAUUCAACAGAACGAUACAGAGUGGAGGGUAUACUUGUGUGAUUAAUUUAAGUAAUGGUGCCCGGUUCCAGGGAGCUACCACCCCAACCCAGGAGGCUGCUGCUGAGAGUGCUGCUAGUAUAGCUCUACAUCAGUUAGGAGCAACUUUCCAACCGUCCACUCAAUGCCACCCACUAAUGAUGAUGCAUCAGAGAAUACCACCACCUGGGAUGAUGCCACAUAGGAUGCCACAAUCUCCUAGAUCUCAUCAACCACAACAGCCGUUCCCAUCAGCAUUCAGACCUGUCCAGCCUGCUGGUCAGAUGAAUGUCAGGGGUCAGGGGCAACACCAGAAUUACCAUGGUGGUAGGGGAGGUAACCAGGGGAUUUAUAGUUGGCAGCAGCAACAGGAACAUGGUAGAACAAGACAACAUAGUGAUUCUCUACCGUCUUCAGUUGUAUGUCAGCCAAGUGAGGAACAGUCACCGAACAAACAAUCGUCUCAAGCUAACCCAUUUAUACCACUACAGGUAACAAAACAACAGAAGACUCCACAGAAGAAAAAACAUAAAGAUGACAAUGUUAAUAACAAUAUGUCAACACCCCCAAAAUCUGUACCGGAAACAAGUCCACCUCAGAUUUCUAAAGGAGAAAAGCAAUCACAUAUACCUGAAAGCAGUGAACAGAAAACUGUACAUGAAAGUGGAAGUAGAUCAAAGAAGACUCCGCCAAAACAACAGACACCAAAUAAACGAAAAUCUAGAUUAGCAGCUAAUUUUAGUGGAAUGUAAUAGAAAGAGAUUAAAUUAUCGUCAGAUGAAUGGAAUGUUUUUAAAUCUUUUACAAACUUUUCUGUCUGUUUUUUCUCUCCCUUUUCAACUAUUUUCCAAACAACAUUUUGCUAGAGAACCAAGUUCUCUUUAUUUGUCUAAUCUUUGGUAUGUUUUUCAGCAGAAGACAUUUUUCAUAUCAGUUUUAUUGAAGGCAUUUUAAUGUACAUAGUGUAUUCAAAGUUUUCCUUCAAAUCUUUCUAUAUAUAAAUUUGUAUAAAAUUUACGCAGGUUUUAUUUUUGUGUAUGAUAUUUGUGUAAUUUUAUCUACAUUGUAUAUAGCUGAAAACAGAAUUAUAAUGGUAUUGAAAAAAAAUAACAUCAAGCAAUCUUGUUGUGAGCAACCUUCAAAAGGUCAAGUAAAAUACAUUCUCUAAAAUUGACUUUCAAUAAGGUUGAAAUUUAAAGUAAAAAUUAUAAGAUACUUUAAAGUUUCAAAAUCCUCUUAAUCUACAAUUUUUUUUGGAUUUUUGUAAAAAUGUAAUUAAGAUAUUGAAUACCAUUUUUUUUUCUGCAAAAGUUUCACAAAAGAUACAUUGAUUUUAACAGUUUUUUAGUGUUGAAAAUGGUUUAGAUGUCAAAAUAACACCAGAAACAAUUUAAAUUUUACAAUAAAACAUAUAAUUAGUUAUGUAUUUCAAGAAGUGCUAAUUUUUUAAUAGCAUGUACUAACAUUAUGUACAGAGGAAAACUAAAUGCAACGAUUGCAGUUAGAAUUAAUAAUUCUGUGACUAAUUUCACAAAAAAAUCUUUAUGUAAAAAUAAUGUAAUUAUGAACACUUCUGUAUUACUAACGAUAAUUUAAUGUCCUAAGAGUGUUGUUAAAAGAGCCCCAGUACUUGACAACACUUACUUUAGUUAAUUCUAUAUUGUCAACAUGUCCUUGUUGUAAACAUUGAUGAAUAAAAUUCAUCCACUGCUGAAGUUCUGUUAAUAUUAACACGAUUAUAGACCACUGAUUCCUUCAUUAAAUCAUUUAAAACAAAUGGACGAAGUCAGCUAUGUCCUAUUUUGAAUUUUACAACUAACUAAUACUAUUAAUGAUACAAAAUGAGGAGAAAUUGCUGAGAUAUAAAAGAGCACUGUGUUCCUCUCCAUAAAAUUGAUGACUAGUUAUGUAAUUUUAGACAGCAUGAUUUGAUGAUAAAAACCAGAAUUCUUAUUGAAAUUGAAAGAAUUCUUACGUAUAUGAAAUAAAAUAAUGACCCUCAUCUUUCCCUCACAUGUCUCUGAGUAUCUUUUAGUUUCUUGUAUAUUUUGUGAAGACAAAGUGAUUUUGAUAAUUAUAAAAUCCCUCUACUGUAUAUUAAAAGAGAACGAGACCUGCUAAUUCAAACUUCAUAUUUAUUUUUUUAAUUUUGGUGAGUAACACCUUUAUGAUUUGAUUAUUGCACCUUUUAUUCCUUUUUUUUCAUAUUUAGAAUUAAAACCAGGUGGAAAUGGCAAUUUAAUGAAGUCAGUAAAAUCAUCUUCUCAAUACAAUCUAUAUGUAUUGCAACACAUACAAAUUGAUUACUUACACUGAGUUAACCUGUCAGUAACCACAUGCAGAGUUACUUCUGUCUUUUAUUGAAGUGACCCAUUUACAUAACUGAAGGUGGUACCCAACACUUGCACUAAAAUGAAUUUGGCUCUUUUAAUUUUCAUAAAAUUUUGUCAAAGUACUUACUUUGACCCUAUUACAAAAAUAUAAAAAUUUUGAACCAACCGUUUUGUCAGAACAAUUACACUGGUUACAUAGCAGUUUGACAAACACCAAUUUUGAUCAUAGAGAAGCUUAAUAUUCAUUUUACAACACAACGCAAUUAAAAUGUUUAGCUGACUUUACAGAGUUAUCCCUGUAGUGUUAGGUACCACCUUAACUUGGGCUUUUAAAUCUCAGUUAAGAUUUCUUUCAAAGUCAUUCUUUGACUUGUUUUUUUACCACUUCAUGUUUUUCUAACAAUAUUGAAGUUUUAAGUUUUACUUCUUAAAUACAGUUGUGUUAAAAUGCUUUUUUAAAGUAGAUUUAAACAACUUCCAUGCUUAGAUAAAGACAUCAUGUGUAUAACUUAUUGGUUUGUGCAUGAAUAUAUGUGUAAAUAAUACUACAAUGUAGUUUAUAUUUUCAUCACUAAGAUGUCACAUGUCAAUUUUGUAACCAAUGGAAUUUCAGUAACAACACUGAUUUAUUUUAAACGUCAGUUUUAAUGAUUUUAUUUUGUAAAUUGUAACUUACAUUAUUGCUUUCAAGCAAUAGACUUUUACAUUAAAAACCUGUUUGAAAGU